AGUAUAGACAAAUACACUGAGAUCAAGAAUCAGUUGACUCUGCUGAUUUUGCGCAAACAGGAGCUUACAGCUAAACUCAAUGCGCUUGAGGACUCAAUAUACGAGAAGGAAAACGAAUAUUUCAACGACAGCACUUAUGGAAACAUAGUAAAAGGAUUCGAAAACUUCUCGAAAGCUGGAGGUGGAGGCUCUUCCAACAAAAAGAGAAUACAGUAUACGGACGAUGACCAUAUAUUCAGUUUGAGUUCGGUCAACUACAUAAAGACACUAAACAAGAGACAGGGGGUGACGAUGAAUGGAGUAAAUGGUAAUGAUUUGGACGAUUACGAAGAUUCUGUAGAACCAGCAAAUGGAGGAGCGGCAAUACGAGUCGCUUCUUCUGGUUUAGCAAGUGAUCGUGAUGCAUCAAGUAAUCUGAGUACACCUAGUCGUAAGAGAAAGGCUCGUAAUUUGGACGAUUAG